AUGGAAGACGAUGUGAUUUACCCUAGCUACAUGGUUAUUUUGACGACGCUUGUUGAAUUGGCUGGGGCGAGAAGACUAUUUGCUAAUCACCGAAUUGGACAGAAGGCAGUAUGGAUCUUGACCAGUCUGUAUUCAGAAACAUUGGCUAUGCUCUUCCUGUCAUCAAAAUCAAAUGUAUUGGUGUCUGCAGCUCUAUUGCUGGCUGUUUCCCCUCCCUUACUGCUAUACAAGGACAAGUCGAAAUCUGCCUCUAAAAUGAUGUCAUGGCAAGGUUAUGCUCAUGCUGUAGUGGUUGAUGUCUCUGUUUGGUUUUGCCGGGAAAUGAUAUUUGAUGCUCUACAGUGGUGGAAUGGAAGACCUCCGUCUGAUGGCUUGCUUCUUGGUUUCUCCAUCGUUUGA